CACGCAUCAGCACUUGCAUGUCCAUUUUUGAAUUUUAGUGCCGCGGUGUGCGCCGGCUGUGUUUUGAUCUGAAAGAUAUAGUCGAUUCCUACUGCUGUGGAAAGAACGAAAUAGUGAAGAUUGACAAAAGGUACCAAGCUCUAGGUGAAUGACAAAACUAAGUGGAGGACGACGUACAAUAAUGGAGUCAUAAUUCAGUCUGAAACUAACGAUGCGUCCAACAGAAGAAGAGAUUGGCAACAAAGAUGUUCCUAAUUUUCAGUUAUAUAAAAUUGCAAACGGUUCCAGAAUAUCACCACACCGAAAUCCAAUAUACGACCUGAAACAGUGUUAUGAUAUGCCUAUUAUCGUUAAUGUGUUUUCACUGUCUCAGGCAUCUUAUUCAAAUAGUGAAGAGUUGUAUAGAAAGAAUAUAUAUCAGGAAAAUAACGACCAGGGAAAACCACUACGUUCACCUUCUUUUACUGAAUAUAGACGAUAUGAGAGGAACUGUUCGUCUUCAUUUUAUCAUAUGACCACUGGCUCGAUUAACCCUAUAAAAAAUAUUCAUGCUUUACAUGAUCACCAGAUAGACCGUUCCGUUGAAAAUAAUACUAGAGAAUCUAUUGAACAAUGUCAGGAAUCUCACAGAAAAAAUCAUCAAAUUGAAUGUCAGCAGAAGGUUAAAACAAUUCAGCCUAGAUUCAACGACGGAGAGAGCAUCGAUUAUUUACCUCACCUGAAAAAGAGUUCCCCACACUGGGGGAGAACUGGUCCAAUGGUUUAUUCAGGUACACAUUUAACCCACACAGUCACGGGAAGACGCGUAUCCGCUGCUGGAAAGCAUAAAAAGCCGUCAAAACCCGUGAUGACUGCCCGACGACGAUAUGUCUUAAAAAGACUAAUUGAACAUAUACAAAGGAAUCGAAAUGCACUGAAAGUAAAUCAUGAAAAAAUGUUUAUGAAAAGAAAUUGAUUCAUGAUUGCAAUCCUAUAUAUGCCGACAAACGCUAAAAUAUAAAGUGAAUGCCCCAGGCGAUUACUUAUACAUUGUCGGGCUAGCUACGCCUCUGAAAUUUAUACUAGUUCAACAUCAUAUGAAUAGUGGGACGUUUUUUGGUGUGCCAUUCGGUGUUGAGCGAUUAACAUCGAAAUUAGUUGCAAGACAUGAGAUAUUCCCCUCCCGAAAUGGUUAUUUUAAAAACUUUUAUCACCUCGGCGAUUUUGUGACGUCAAAAAACGACUGUGUUCAUAACUGUUUGUUGUUAUUAAAUGUUCUAAUUAGGUGUAUACUUUUUGGGUUAACUGAAAUGCCUCUGGCAUCAUAAUAUAAUAAAAAUGUUCGUUUAACUUGGAGCACAUCCUUGCUGCGUCAACAAACAAAGAAAAUCUUUUUUUUCUUUGAACCACAUGGCAACAAUUAUCAUGCUAAUUUAACGUGUUAUUAUCAUUCCAGUCACAAUGGGGUGGUGAGGCGUUUGUCAAUCAAAUGACCAUAUAUGGACAAACCUCAUACGUACAAGCGGAUAAACUAUAAUUUAAUUGUGCGUAGGUGUACGGCGAUAAAUCUAGAGCGCGACUCGUAAAAACAAAAUCUUUAGGCAAAGAAUCGAAAAGGUGAGGGCAGAAUCGGGUAAAUUGACGUUCGUAGCUGUGAUUGUGACAUCGUCGUCUGUGUAAGUAACCCACCGAAUUCAUGCAACGCAUUUGAAGAUCAUCAGAUUCUAUUUCAUUUGGUGAAAUAUGAAACGUAAACAAAAAGUGCCAAGACGAACACGGCGACGGACCACACAGAAUCCUGACGUUGAAGAACUAACGAUAUUUAAGACUGAUAGUGUGUACGAAAAUCGAUGCGACACUGAAAAAGACUCAAAAAAAGAAAUAGACGACCUUAAAGAUAAUAAAGAGAAAAGAAAAUCAUCUCCCAAUCACAGGAGCGAAUUGGAAAACAUCGAAUCGUCGAAAAACACAAAAACUAUCGAUAAAAGUCUUAUUGAUAAGAAGCCCCAGGCAGUCGAGUCUACCGGAUGCAAUCACUCUCAGACGCCUUCACGAGAACUCGAUGAAUCUUUAAAGGAUUGUACCAAGUCUAAUCGCAAUUUAAAACGACCUCUGGAAGAUGAUACUUUAACGAAAGAUGUUUUAAGGACACCUAAAGCGUUCAUAAAUUUCGGUGAUGAAUCAGGAGAUAGCAACAUGCCUGUUAUUCUUAAUGUAUUUACCUUCGCCGCGCCAAAUAUUAGGCAGAAGAAAGCAAACAGAAUUGUCGAAAACAAUUUUCCGGUCACACCCCCGUGUUCGCCUCCUCUUCUAAGAUAUGAACACACGAACCACACAGGAAUUUCCAAAAAUGAAAUGGUAUCCUCUUUGGACCAUGGUUUCAGUAAACCCAAGUUCACCAAAUCUACAGUGGUGCCAAAACUGUUUGGUAUAAAUGAUCGCAUCAGACAUGAGCAACCUAAUGUAGUUCAUCCGAUGUCUGCCGCUACAGUUGGUCAGAAGAUCUGUCAAAGAGAUAUUACAAUUGAAAAUGAAGCAGCAAGAUUUCAAAGAAACGGGGACAAUAUCCGAUUAUCCGAAGCCAAAGUGGAGAAUAAUUUCAUUCCUUUUUCCUCGAGAUCAGUAACGACAGGGAACUUGAUAAUACAAGAAAACCAACUAUCUACAAUACCUACUAGUGGCGAAAUUACAGUUGGAUCAGGGUAUCCUGAUCAAAAGAUUUUUUCAGAGUUGCUACAAGAAAGACAACGUUUUGGCAGAAGUGAAAGAUCAAGCCGGACGAGCUUGGAACCAAAAAAUAUUGAAAAUGGUAGAUUGGGCCCUUUGUCAACUUGUAACAACAAACUGACAUUCUAUGUUAAUCUUGAGUCCCCAUUAGUAGAGCGUCCAAUACAGAAUGUCCAUAAACCAAGAUUUAAUUCCCCAGCGACAUCGUGUGACAGGGAUAACGUAACAGAAGACCAUUUUUACUUAUCCCCCCGCGAUAUCAAGGUUAUAGAGUUAAAGAAAAAAUUGCAAGAGCAAGAAGCUGUAUUAAAGAAACUAAGAAAAUGUCACUGAACACUUCCGUUUGAAAUGAGGGGAAGAACUGUCGAUUUGGAAAAGGAAUUCUAGCUAACUUGCUUUUUGAUUUGUUUGUAAUAUAGAUGUAAAUAUAAAAGAUUUAACAAAUGUUUUUUUCUUUAUUUACCUCAAAAUACAUAAAAUAACUAUAACAUAUAUAUACAAGUAUCUAUUUCUUCUUUACAAACACGUCGUUAAAACUGCAUUUAGAUAUUAUUUUUUCACAAUCUAAACUUAAUUCUGUAUCUAUAUAUUUGUACAAAUGUGAGCUAGAAUUAAUAUUUAACGAUAAGGAAAAAGAAUAUGAAAUUCGCACAAAUUACCAAACGUUCGCUGCAUUGUAAUCAACAACAUUCACCAUCAGCUUCCGUGCAACAAGGAACCAAGGACACAAAAUACUUUAAUAUAUUUUAGAAAAUAUUUGAUCGAAUGUUGGCCGAGGUUGGGUUUGUGUUUUCCGUUUAAUAUUUUGUUUUCAACUAUUUCAUCAUAAAUUGCUAAAUAUCUGGUGUUCCAGGAGGCAAGAGGGAAAAAAAUAAACGGUUCAACGGAGGAAAUAGAUCUAUGCCGAGGCCGUGGACGCGGUAUAGCCAACUACCGCAAAGAAAGAAGAGCGGAACAACCUCGAAUGAGUGGAGACGAAAGUCACAAAGAUGCCAAAGAGGCAAACGAUCAAAAUGCUGAACAUGUUGAACAAAAACAAAAUAUGUUUCCACAAAGAGUGUCAAUGAGCCAAAUCAACCUCCUCAUGAAUCAAUGGUUCAAACAAAAAGUAAACAAGAAUCAACUCAACUAAGCACUUCUGGAAAACCUGAACAAGUGCAGGGUAUAUUGCUGCUGGUCCAGUUGAUCAUUUUGCAAUUUACACUAUGCAAUUUUCCUUGCAAUCCAAUUGUAAUUUUGAGGGAUGU